UGCAGUUAACAAUGGCUCUCCAACAGUGUGUGUGCUGUUUCACUGUGGUGAUCAUUUCCUUAUGCAAAGGUUGUCAUUCAGAGCAGCCCGCAUGUGGCAGCAGGGCUGUGAAGAGCAGCAGCAUCACAGGAGGUCAGGAUGCAACACCAGGAAGUUGGCCCUGGUACGCUGAAGUAAACUCUCUUUUUGGAGGGUCUCUAAUCACCGACCAGUGGGUGCUGACAACUGCAUCCAUCACACUAUUUGAUUUCAGUAGCAUAGAGGUGUAUCUGGGCCGCCACAGCAAGUCAGGUUCAAACCCAAAUGAGGUGAAUCGGUCAGUGGUCAACUUCACCUGCCAUCCUGAAUUCAACUCGUCGACUCAUGAGAACGACAUUUGUCUUCUGAAGCUGUCGGCUCCUGUUAAUUUCACAGACUACAUACAGCCGAUCUGCUUAGCCUCAGAAAACAGCACUUUCGACAAUGAGACCAGCAGCUGGGUCAUCGGUUUUGGUGACGAUGGUAACGAUUCACUCGCCAACACCCUGCAGGAGGUAAGAAUAAAAAUAGUGGAAAACUUUAAGUGCAAAUUCAUCUAUGAAGACUACUUUAGGAUCGCCGUUGUGACAGAGAGUGAGAUCUGUGCUGGCUUCGAGGCUGGAGGCAUUGAUCCAUGUCAGUUUGACAUAGGGGGACCGCUCAUGACCAAAAAAGAGUCAGUCUGGGUCCAGAAUGGACUUCUCAGUUAUACCUUAUGUGGUAUUUUGGGAAGACCUUCAGUGUUCACUCGUGUAUCCCAGUACCACAAAUGGAUCAGCGACACAGUCACAGGGACUCCACCAGGCUUUGUUCCUGUCACCAACCCAGGCAGUUCAACAUCACCAACCACUAAACUCACCACUCUCCCUACAACUUCCCACAAAAUGUAACAACAUGUUUGACAGUGAUGAAAACCUGAUCUACUUCACUCAUUUCUCUUCAGUCUGUAUUCUUGUUGUUUUACUGCACAUAUGUGCUAGAGCUGGUAAAAUGUAGAUCAACACAUUUGCUCUGUUCCAUAAUUACAUGCAAACAUGAAAAAUGUUAAACAGUUUGCCCCUUUUUUUUCCUUUCAUGAAAUGUAUGAUUUUAAGGUGAAUGUUAUACUUUUUACUCCACACUUUAAAUAAAAACUUUUCAUAUUUUUUAUUACCAAAUUAAAUUCACUUCAUCAAUGAAUCCGAGAGAACAUUUCUCCCAGAUUAACACUGUGGGGUCUGUACCUUACAAAGAGACACCAUUUGUUGACUGUUAAGCUGUGUUAUAUGAAUAAAACUGAACAGAUCUAAAGAAAGUGUUUCUAAAAUUUUAUUUUAUUAGAACAGAACAGAUGGAUGACCACAGCCAUCUCAGGUUAUAAUACAUAAAUCAAAUGGACAUAGUAAAUAAUAAAUCAAGGUGUUUCACAGACAGGUGGUCAAAACUUCAGAUACAAAAACAAUUGUUUCUAAGCUUGUAUUAUCUCCAGCAUUACUUUGGUAUGACCAGGCUCUAACACCAAAGAACACCUUACGUAUGACUGAUACACCAGAAGCAUCUGACAGAACUUGGGGUCCUUCAGACACUUAAAUCCUUAAAGUGUGGGUCCAGCACAGUAGCUAUCUUCAGCCACUGAUAGUUAAGCGUUGCUACAUUUUGGGAUAGGUCCUUUGUGAAGUCAGUCUUAAAUCUCACCAUGUAGUAAUGGAAGUGGUGGUUCAAGCUCCACCAAGUGUAUUGGAUGUGCGUGGGUGUUUGAUUCUUAUUAGUUGUUUGGGAUAAGUUUCUUGAGGGCUGGAAUGAUGUCUUGGAAAAUGUGCAACAAGACUGACCAAACAAACAAGCAACCUCAUGGUGCCUUCCAGAAAAUGGGACAUUAAAUGACUACGGAUAAAAUGGCGUCUAGACUACUAUGUGAAUUUCAUAAACUGUUGUUGUUUUCUGUGACUGAGAAGACCUAAAUAAACAUAUUUUGACCUCUAAGAUCAUUCCA